AUGUCCCUGUCAAAAGUCAAACACAUAAUACUUGUCCUCUCCGGCAAAGGCGGAGUUGGCAAGUCUUCAGUGACCACACAACUAGCCCUUUCCCUCUCCUUGGCCGGCCAUUCCGUCGGUGUUCUCGAUGUCGACCUCACGGGGCCCAACAUUCCCCGCAUGUUUUCGGUCGAACAGGCCAAAGUGACACAAGCCCCUGGUGGUUGGCUCCCAGUCCCGGUUCACGAAUCGAACCCCGCCGCAAACAUAGGCUCCUUACGCGUCAUGAGCCUCGGCUUCCUCCUCCGCGAUCGAGGCGACGCGGUUGUCUGGCGGGGUCCCAAGAAGACGGCCAUGGUUCGCCAGUUUCUGUCGGACGUACUAUGGGGAGAACUGGACUUUCUCUUGGUCGACACACCACCCGGUACCAGUGACGAGCACAUAUCACUGGCUGAGACUCUGCUACAAAAGACGGUCCCGGGUCAGCUGGCCGGGGCCGUCGUGGUCACAACGCCACAGGCCGUCGCGACCGCCGACGUUCGCAAGGAGCUCAACUUCUGCAAAAAGACGGCCAUACCAGUACUGGGAGUGAUAGAAAACAUGAGCGGUUAUAUCUGUCCUUGCUGCGGGGAAAAGACAAACAUCUUCAUGUCUGGAGGAGGACAAGUCAUGGCCAGCGAUUUUGGAGUCAAGUUUCUGGGACGGAUACCUAUCGAUCCCGUCUUUGUCGAGCUCAUCGAGACGGGCCGGCGUCCAAGGUAUCAAGCCCCCGCGAAACCGGACCCUGAGGAGGCACCAUCCGAAAGCGAGGCCAGGGAUCCAGCACUCCUGGUUGAAAAGUACACGGACAGCAUACUAGCGCCUAUAUUCGGAAACAUCACUGCCGAACUCAUCAAGAGCGUAUCGAGUGGAGCGAACAUGGGCUGCGAGACUGGAAACAACGAGGCCCAGGGCUACAGCUUGCCCAGCGCCCCUCAGCUCACCAUCAACCACGAUGUUGCACAGGACCUAGAUUCCAGCGGUGCAUUCGAGGGACCCGAGAAACUACUCGAGGUGUGGUUCGCCCCUUCUCCCAGUGCCCUCCCAUUGGGCACCAAGGAAAACGGCCUCAAGGCGGUUCCUUCAGACAACUGGGUUGAGAUGCUUGACAUUGUCAACUGCAAGAUCCUCUCGGUCGUGCAGUCGUCUGUUGUUGAUGCCUACCUCCUGUCCGAGUCGUCCAUGUUUGUCUUCCCGCACAAGAUCAUCCUCAAGACCUGUGGAACCACGACCCUGCUUCUGGGCCUCGCCCGACUCUUGCGCAUCGCCGCCGUAGAUGCCGGUUUCCCGAUCCACAAUGCUUCGUCUGUCGAGGAUGAAAAGGCCGCCGCCACGCCUUACCGCGUCUUUUACAGCCGCAAGAACUUCCUCUUCCCUGACCGCCAGCGCGGCCCACACCGCAGCUGGAAGCAGGAGGUCAAGUACCUCGACAGCAUGUUCGAGGGUGGCAGCGCCUACAUGGUCGGCAAGAUGAACGGCGAUCAUUGGUACCUCUACAUGACGAGCCCUGGCUCCACUGCGCUCACGCCCCCUCAGACACCGCCGGCCGGGGACCUCAUGCGCAUUCCCACGGGUCUUCAGACCUUGGGAAGUCGCGAGGACGACGAGACACUUGAGGUCCUCAUGACGGACUUGGAUCCUGAGAAUGCCAAACAGUUCUACCUCGAGCAAGCCAGUGCCCUGGCGUGCAAGCAGGCGGCAGUCGCCCAGCAGGCGAGGGAGGAUGCACAUGCUGCCCUGGACAAGGGCGCUUCCAGCGAUGAACAACUGGUCUCGGAGGCCCUCACCACUGAAGGUCACGCCCUCGGCACGGUCGUGUCGGACACUUGCGGCCUGUCGGACGUGUACCCCAAGUCCAAAUACCCGGAAGCACGCAUCGACGCCUACAUGUUUGAGCCGUGCGGCUUUUCGGCCAACGGUGUGGUGCCAGCACCUCCUGACGCGACCGGUGCCCAGGGCGGUAACGAGCACUACUUUACGGUGCAUGUGACGCCGGAGCCCGACUGCUCGUACGCGUCGUUUGAGACAAACGUGCCUGGGGGUCAGAACGGACGGGAGACUGCUGAUAUCAUCAAGCAUGUCGUUGGCAUCUUCAAGCCCGGAAGGUUCAGCGUGACGCUGUUCGAGGGCAAGGGCCGUCAGCGUGGCGAGAACGGCGGAGGCAAAACGGACCAGAGGCUGAGGGUUGACAGCGUGCCGGGAUACCGACAGCUGGACAGGAUCGUGCACGAGUUUGACGACUAUGAUCUCGUGUUUCGCUUCUACCAGCGUGAGGGUUGGGUAGGCAAGGAAGGUGCCAGGGUUGGAGAGGACGAUUUGUGA